GGCGGCGCGGCGAACGAACGACGGCGUGGUGCGGCGAUGGCGAUGAAGUCGCGAAGCAGCCAACAUGUACCACUUUCUGGACCAUUCAGUCAAUUGUUGGCGGUAGACCGGAAAGGUACAAGAAAAAUCUCAGUCCAAAAAACAAAAGUAACAUUUUCUUUCGUCGAAAUUAAAUUCAUUUUUAUAAAAUAAAAUAUAAAUUAAAUUAAAAAAAAAACAAAACAAAAAUAAGACAUAACGAACUUAAAAACGCAUUUAUGUAAAUUCGAAUCUUUUUACAUAUUUUUGUUUCCUCUUCAAGGUACAAGUUACGAACGAAUAGCUGCUAUCUCACGGAUUGUCAAUAAAUUUUAAGUGAAAAAGUGUUUAACAUUUUUGAUAUUGAAUAUUUUUUCCAUUCACCUAAUGAAGAAGUGUGUCUUCUAUAAGUUGGUCUUUCUCCCCUCACAAGAAGCAGCAGCACAGCAAUCUUAGUGUACUCGUAUCUAUAGUUGGUGUGUUAUCUUGGUUUUUUGAAGUUCAUCGCUUAUUUUUGUUCUAUUCUAAAAGUGUUCCGAAUCUCGUUUUGAGUUUGUGCAGUUUUUGUAAAUCAAAGAUUCAUCAUUUUCAAAGUGACCGUUAAUUUUUGUGUGUUUAUUUGAAUCUCUUGACAAACAAAAAUCAGAAUCAACCUUUGGAUCUAACUUAGGAACUCGCUUUCUUUUCGGAUUGAAUGUGAUUUUCAUUUUUGGAAUUCAUUCUCCAAACGACAUGGUUUAAGGCGGAUUUACAGUCGGGCAUUAGUAUAAUAUUGAAAUCCGAAUAAAUGGACAGCUCAAUCCAAAACUCGUACAACAACCACAGCAACAAUUGCAGCAGCAGCAGCAACAGUAACAAGCGAGGUCACAUUCGCUCCGCAUCGCUGGAGAAUGCGAAUUCAUUUAUAUCGAAGAAUACCCUAGGGCUGCCUCUGGUGCAGCCAGGCUUUACCGGCACACUCAAGUCACGCAAUGAGCAGAAGCGACUGCGCAACAAAUUUGGCAGCCAAAGUAAUUUAGAGGAUUACGUGCAGCAGAGCCGAUCAAAGUUUCAAAACAUACGAAGCAUGUUUGAGGCAACCAAAAGUGCUGUAAAUGUUGGCGGAGAAUGCGAAACACCACAGCAGCAGCAACAACAACAAUCACAGCAGCUGCAACCGCCGCCGUCGAUACCGCAGCAGCAACCACAGCAGCAGCAACAACACCAGCAGCAGCAUCAACAACAAGCACAGCCGCAAAUGCUUCCAAACCCAAUCAAUCAAACCAAUCAUUCUCAACAAUACCAGCAAAAUAUUCACUUGGCGACAGUGAUGCAUGCGCACCCGGAACUGGGUCACCGAGGAAGCAGUGCGAGCAACUACAGCAGUAGCAGCAGCAGUAAUACCAAUCACCAUCACCACCCGCAGCUGAAGCGAACAACAAUGGGCGGCGGAAUUGAAUACAGUGACAGCUUAAACAUUGUCGAAUCGGACAUCAGUGGCAGCACUGAUCGUGUAAAUCGCAGGGAAAAAUCAAAUCAGGCAACAAAUCUUCUCCGACCCAUCGCAUUCAAGCCAAUCCCAUUUGAACCAGAUUACAGCAUCCCAGUGAGAUAUAACGAGCUUGGAGAUCGUUACGGAUCAACGCCAUCAUUGGCACCAGUUCAAGGUUCCAAUCUUAGAUUUGGCAGUACCACUGACCUCAGGCAUGGCUACUCGUCCAGCAAUAGUUAUUGCAAUAAUUUAAUGGCACGUCGAAGGUGUUCCAGAUCGUUGAAGAUCAACGAUAGCAUGGAAUCGAUUCGACAUACACCCGACUCAGAUGCAAUUAGCCAAAAUAGUACUUUAAAAUCAAACUGUGGUAAUAAUAAAUACAUCAUAAGUGAACAAUUCGAUAUGACACCAUCACCAUCGGAUUCUGGAAUUUCCGAAUUAGAAGCUGCUCUAAAAGAUCGUGAUUCUGAAUUAUCAUAUUUGCGACAAACAAUGGAACACAAUGAAAAAGUGAUUUUCAAAGUUCAAAAAGAUAAAGAGGCUUAUUGGGAAAAUGAGACAAAGCGUUUAAAAGCAUAUUAUGAAAAUCAACAAAAAGAAUUCUUAUUGAAAAUAAAGAAAAUGGAACAAAUGUUGACAUUGCAGUCAUUUCAAUUUAAACAAAAUAAACUACGUAUAACUGAAAAUACAAAUCGACUGAAGGAACAAUUUGGUGAUUUGAAAAAGGAGAGCGAACUUUUGAAAAGUGAAAAUGAAGGUCUUAAGACAUCUGAACGUUCAAUACGGGACUGCAUCAACCAAUUGGAAGAAAAAACCCGUAUUAUGGAUGGACUUAUAGGAAAUCUGAAAGCCCAGUUAGAAGAAAACGAAUGGACUGUAUGUCAACGAAAUGGUGAAAUAGCUUUACUUAAAAAUCAACUCAAAGAGGCCCAUCUUGAAUUAACAACAAAAGAUCAAGAAAUCCUCCACCUCAAGCACGAUCAAAAUGCAACAGCCACAUCAUCUGUAACCGAUCCUGUUCCUCCAUCGCCAUCUUUACAAGCUCAAGAAGUCGAAAUUAGUCAACUCAAUCGUAUUAUUAUUCUCAAAGAUCAAGUUAUUUUGGCCCUUACAAAUGAACUUGGAAAACUGCGCAAGGAACUCUCAGAUCUGGCCAUUUUCCAUGAAUACGGCGAAGAACCGUCGGGAAAAUUAAGUCGACUCAAAUAUCAAAUUGAUAAAAUAUCCAAUAUCUGUCAGAAAAACCAAAUGAAUAACGAGGAAAAGCAAAAAGAACUCUCACCAAAGACAAUUGAUGAUUCGAAUCUUGAGGUUAUAAUGAAUUGUCUGCAAAUUGUCCCGCCAUUCAUCGAACCACCACAGCGGCCGUUGGAACGACACAUGACACCUGAGUCACGUUUGGCACAAAUGUCAAAUGACAUACAGAAUUUUGUCUAUGGAACGCUAAAUCUUCCAGAUAUUGCUCAAAAUUCUCAAUAUCUAGACGAGAAACCAGCUUCAAAAGAUGAAGUUAGUUUGUUGCGAAAGGAAUUGGCUGAGUUGAGGAGUAAUUUCGAAAUGGAACGACAUCAGUGGGCCGAGGAAAAGGAAAAGGUUUUGAAGUAUCAAAAACAAUUGCAAAUGCAUUAUAUCAAUAUGUAUCAGAAAAUCAAAGACUUGGAUAGCAAUAGCCAUGGCUCAGAGGCUGUUUAAGUAGGGAGACCUGUCAACUCUAAAAAGAAAAAAAAGACAACAAACAAAAAGCAAACAAAUAUUUUAGUUACAAACUUAUUUAAUUUAUUGAUCGUGUGUUGUAACCUUAAAAAAUGUGUUUUAUUUUUUUAAUUCUGUGUUUAUUUUUUAAAGUUUUUUUAUAUAAGGGAAAUGGAGGAGUAAAUAGCAAAGAUAUUCAUAUAAGAAGAAAAUAAAAAAUACAAAUAAUGUAAAUUUGUUUGAUAUUA